AUGUUUAAAGUCUGUGCAGAUUGUAUCAUCCGCCGAUGCAUCCCGCAACCCGAAGCAUGGAGCAUAAUUUCUCAUUGCCACCAAGGUCCGACCGGAGGACACCACGGAGCCAACCGCACAACGCGAAAGGUAUUGGAAUGUGGAUUUUAUUGGCCAACAAUCUUCAAAGAUUGUGAUGCAUAUGUACGCACCUGUGAUGCGUGUCAACGGUCAGGUAAUAUUUCCCAACGUGAUGAAAUGCCACAAACAAUGUCCAUUGUUUGUGAAAUAUUUGAUAUUUGGGGAAUUGACUUCAUGGGACCUUUCCCGACCUCAUUCGGGAACAAAUACAUACUCGUGGCAGUGGAUUAUGUAUCUAAGUGGGCCGAGGCACAAGCCUUGCCAACUAAUGACUCUCGAAGUGUUGGAAAGUUUUUGCAGAAGCUGUUUUCCAGGUUUGGAUCACCGCGAGCAAUCAUCAGCGACCAAAGAACCCAUUUUGAAGGUCAAUUCGACAAAGUUCUCCAACGAUUUGGUGUAACUCACCGGGUCUCCACAGCGUACCAUCCUCAAACUAGUGGUCAGGUGGAGGUCACCAACCGUGAGCUCGAAAGGAUAUUAGAGAAAACAGUCAGUCAAUCAAGAAAGGACUGGGCAACAAAGCUCGACACUGCACUAUGGGCUUACCAUACGGCAUACAAAACACCAAUCGGCACCUCACCAUAUCGGUUGGUGUAUGGCAAAGCCUGUCACCUCCCCGUCGAGUUGGAACAUAAAGCUUACUGGGCGCUCAAAUACCUCAACCUCGACGGAGAUGAUACCAAGGACCAUCGUCAGGCCCAAAUCAAUGAGCUUGACGAAAUGCGCCUACAAGCCUAUGAAAACGCAAAGUUAUACAAGGAACGAACGAAACGACUCCACGAUUCCAAGAUAAAGCAAGACAAAAACUUCCACGUUGGAGAUCAAGUCUUGCUAUACAACUCUCGUCUUCGUUUGUUUCCUGGGAAGCUCAAGUCCAGAUGGACCGGUCCUUAUGUGAUCACACAAGUAUUUCCCUAUGGCGUUGCUGAAAUUUCGCAUCCCGAGAGGGGAACUUUCAAAGUCAACGGUCAUCGUCUGAAACCAUACCUCGGUGGCAAUUUUGACCCCAAUGCCGAGGCACUUCAUCUUCAAAAACCUUGA